AUGGCCCUCCUGCGUCCUCUACUGACCACCAUGGUGCUGUGCAGCUGCGGGCCUGUUGAAUCUCUGAGCUGUCACCUGCCUCAGAACUCCCUGCUGCUCAGCAGGAAGACCUUUGAAGUGCUGGAGCAAAUGAGGAGAGUGUCCCCUGUUUUAUGUCUGAAGGACAGAAGGGACUUCCAGUUCCCCCGGGAGAUGGUGGAUGUCAGCCAGUUGCAGAGGGCCCGGGCUGCGUCUGUCCUGCAGAUGCUGCUGCAGCAGAUGUUCAGGCUCUUCCACACAGAGCGCGCCUCUGUGGCCUGGAGCCCCGCCCUCCUCCAGGACCUGCGCUCUGAACUCCAGCAGCAACUGCAGAACCUCAGCACCUGUUCCAUCCAAGCGUCGCUCCUGGACACUGAGGGCCCAGCACUGGCCUUGAGGAGGUACUUCAGAAGGAUCGCCCUCUACUUGGAAGAGAAACAAUACAGCAACUGCGCCUGGGAAAUUGUCAGACAAGAGAUCACAAGAGCCUACUCUUGA